AUGGCUGCACAGGCCACUCGACAAUGGGGUGUGACGCCUCCAAUUUCCAUGAACCUGCCGACCCCCGAAGAACUUGCUGCCAACGAUGACUUGAUUGCUGAACUGAAGGCACAAAACAACUUUGAACUACCUUCGGAGACGGAACGGAGACAACAGACUCUUCAACUUAUCCAACGAGUUGUCAUUGAAUUUGUCAAGACAGUUGGCCGACGAAAGGGUUUAUCGCCAGCAGCUCUAGAGGCCGCUGGUGGAAAGAUAUUCACGUACGGUAGUUAUCGUCUAGGUGUCUACGGUCCAGGAUCUGAUAUUGACACGUUGAUUGUCGCGCCGAAACACGUUAUGAUCGACGACUUCUUUUCCGACUUCCCCCCAAUCCUGGAACGAAUGUCCCCACCUGGUGCUAUCGAGAAAAUGACCCCGGUCCCUGACGCGUUUGUGCCUAUCAUCAAGUUGGAGUUUUCCGGUAUCAGUAUCGAUCUUAUCUUCGCACGGUUGAUACUUCCAUCUGUCCCCCUCAAUCUUGAUCUAAAGAACAAUGACUACCUACGGGGCUUGGAUGACAAGGAAGUGCGGUCGCUCAAUGGAACUCGUGUCACCGAUCAGAUUUUGGAACUCGUACCUCAGCAGAAAACAUUCCGAAUUGCUUUAAGGGCUAUUAAACUCUGGGCACAGCGUCGUGCUAUCUACUCGAAUAUCGUUGGGUUUCCAGGAGGCGUCGCAUGGGCAAUGUUGGUUGCACGGGUCUGUCAGCUCUAUCCUCAAGCCACGGGAUCCGUCAUUGUUGGCAAGUUUUUUCGUAUCAUGACCAAGUGGGCAUGGCCACAGCCAGUACUACUGAAACCAAUUGAGGACGGCCCAUUGCAAAUCAAAGUGUGGAAUCCAAAGAUCUACCACGGCGACCGAUUCCACUUGAUGCCCAUCAUCACCCCUGCUUAUCCAUCUAUGUGCGCAACCCACAAUAUUUCAUUGUCUACCAAAGCAGUCAUUUUGCGCGAAUUGCAGCGUGGAGGAGACAUGGUCGAUAAAAUCUUCGCCAAACAGCUCACCUGGAAUGAUCUCUUCACUCGCCAUACAUUCUUUUCAAAGGACUAUAAGUACUACCUCCAAAUCACUGCCUCCAGCAAAACCAAAGAAGCAGAAUCAGUCUGGUCAGGUCUAGUAGAGUCCAAGCUCAGACAUCUAGUCGGUGCUUUGGACCGGAAGAAUAUCAUUGCUAUUGCACAUCCCUUCCCCAAAGGCUUUGAAAGAAUACAUGUGGUGAAAGAUGACGCAGAAGCAGAACAGGUGAAAAACGGAUCGACCAAGUACCAAGCGCAAGGAACCAAGACUGAGACAACGGAUGAGACCAAUGAUCCAGUUCAUACUGCGGCCGCUGAAAACGGUGCUGAGGGCGUUCAGGUUCCCGAUCCCGAGACUAACGGUGCAGUUGACAGCCGCAUAAUCUACACCACCACAUACUACAUCGGUUUAGAGCUAAAGCCGCUCGAGCCGGGUGCUUCUCGAUCGCUGGACAUUUCAGUGGACGCCAACAUAUUCAAGUCGACGUGCACCUCGUGGCAGGGGUUCCAGGAAGGAAUUAACGACCUGAGUGUCACACAUGUUAGAAGUUUUGAUUUGCCUGAUGAUGUCUUCGAACCUGGGGAAGCACGACCUACUCGCCCAAAGAAGAAGGUUGCUAAGCCGAUAACUACAGCGGCUCCUCAGAAACGAAGCAUUGACGCUGUGGACGGUACCAUGCACCCCGAAGCGAAGCGACAAGUAUCAUCGAACGGAUUCAACCAUGCAGCCACGCCGGCUUGA